AUGGCAACCAAACGGAAGCAUGAUGACUCACCUACAUCUGACCACUCGCAUCCGGGCCCUGCGAACGGUGCGUCGUCUGCCAGCCCACAGGUUCCUCAGAGUACUGUAACGGAAAAUUAUCCCCGGAAGCGCAUAGCAAUCGCGUGCAAUGUCUGCAGGUUCCGGAAGACGCGAUGUGAUGCACAGCGUCCAUCUUGCGGCUUCUGCACUGAUUUGGGCAUCGAAUGCACUUACAGGAAGCCAACGGUUGGUGACAGAGCGAAGCCGCCGGGUCCACCACCGGAGGCCCUGGUCAACAUCGAACGUCGUCUAUCUCAGCUGGAAGCUCGGUUGGAGUCAACGAAUCAGCUGGUUCGGAGUGCCAGUGUGCUAUCACCGAGCGCAUCUAAUCACAGCGAGAUGUUGCCACCCCAAGAUUCAAGCUCACGCAGAUCCAGCGUGAACAGAAACAUGGCUGACUACAUCAACGCGAACACUUCCGCGCCUUCAGUCGGAACACCAGUGUCCUAUGACUUCGCCUACCGCCAGACUGCCACGGAGGCACUCAUUGCCAGGCCUAGUCUAUUGACCUUCCGUGCGCCUCCAUUCAUACACGUGGAGAGCUGGGACUAUACGACCGACUUUUACGACGAUGAGAUCCUUGCCGGCGAGCAAUUAUCCGAUCAGCUAGAUGAGCUGCUCAAUCAAACAGUUGAUUUGACCCGGCGGACGACUCGACGAUUACAGCAAAGUUUCGUGGAGAAUUUCCUCCGUUGGACUCCAAUAUUCGACCAAAGAACCUGCGUCAACGCACUUGAGCAAGCAACUGCCGAGAACUUUGCCGUUCCAAAUACUUCCACAUGCCUCACAUUCAUGCUCCUAGCUUUGGGCGCGAUAUCCGAAGACCGAAGCGAAAGUCCAGAAAAUCAAGUGCCCGGGCUUGACUACUUCGCCCGAGGAUGUCAGAUACUUGAGCACUUGUCACUUCGGAUAGGGAGCCUCGCCAGUUUGCAAUGUCGCGUACUCCAGGCAUCAUAUUUCAAAUUUGCUAUUCGCCCACUGCAGACUUGGAACGCGAUCACUCAAGCAGCGAGAGACUGCAUGCAUAUCCUCACGUCGCGGAUGAGGGAUCGAAUGUCCCAUUCUGAGCAGGAAGCGCUGCAUCGAGCGUUUUGGGCAACCUCGACUAUACUUCAUGAACUAGAAGCAACGAUGAAAAUGCACCCCAUUGGACUGCGCCACUUCCACGAGAUGGUACCCCUUCCGCAGUUUGAAGAAGAAGAUUCCGGUUUCUACUUUUUCCUCGCCCAGAUCAGCCUCAGGAAAUUUUUGACCCAGUGUCUCGAGGUUGUCGGGUAUCACAGCGCGCGCGUUAUCUACGCACCUGUCGUUACAAGGGAGUUACGGAAACAAGUCAGGGAGUGGUAUGAUCACCUCCCGUCCGUCGUUCGAUUUCCGUUAGAUGCGGCACCUGUUUUCGACACGAGGAAGUCGUUCCUCCGCGGGCAAUAUUUCGCUCUGUUUGUGGUUCUCGGGUGGCCUUCGGUUCUCAAGAUCAUGGAACAUGGCGACGGGGAAGGUGUGCCACUUGACCCAGAUACAUUAGUCGCCACAAAAGAGCAAGCUGCGGGAUGCAUUAGAGGGUGCUGUUUAUUCCUCAGCGUUGCUGACGAACAAUUGAUGGGCCGCAAGAUGGGAACUCAUUUUACAUUAAUAGCGGCCUUUGCUACGCUUGCGACUCUCAUCAUCACUUUCAAAUGCCCGGCAUUAGCUUUCGUCGAAGAGACCAGGCAAGAACAUCACAUUCGUAAUGCCUAUGAGAUACUGCGACCAUGGGAUCACCUUCCAAUGAUACGUCGCGGCCUGGAACGAGUGCGUAUAUUAAUGCAGCAAGCUGGACUCAUGGACUGCACAUAUGGGCCAGGCGAACCCUCAAAUCACGUUGUUGGGACAGGCUCGGCGGCCGACCAUGACUGGACAUCACCACAAGCCGGAAGCGGUCCAAAGCCGUGA